CAAUUAGAUUCUGAAAUUGCAGCUACCGAGAGCUCAGCUGUACAAUCAUGGCGGCAGGAGUGGCAACCUGGCUCCCGUUUGCCCGGGCAGCAGCGGUGGGAUGGCUACCUCUGGCAAAGAAGCCAAUGCCCAAUCCUCCCAAUGACAAGAGGAAGAGAAACGACGAGAUCCUGGUGGUGAACGUUAGUGGAAGGAAGUUCCAGACCUGGAAGAACACUCUUGACCGGUACCCAGACACGCUGCUCGGCAGCACCGAGAAAGACUUCUUUUUUAACCAGGAAACUCAAGAGUACUUUUUUGACCGAGAUCCAGAGAUGUUUCGGCACAUCCUCAACUUCUACCGCACAGGCAAACUCCACUACCCCCGCCACGAGUGCAUCCAGGCAUUUGACGAGGAGCUGUCCUUCUACGGCAUCAUUCCAGAGAUCAUCGGGGACUGCUGUCUCGAGGAGUACCGAGAUCGCAAGAAGGAGAACCUGGAACGGCUGGCCGAGGACACGGAAGCUGAGACCACUUUAGAUACCCCCCUACCCCCUGGCAGUACCUUCCGCCAACGACUGUGGAGAGCCUUUGAAAACCCUCACACCAGCACAAUGGCCCUCGUCUUUUACUACGUCACUGGCUUCUUCAUCGCAGUGUCAGUCAUCGCCAACGUGGUGGAAACUGUGCCGUGCCGCCCCGAAGCUGGACGCCUUAAGGAAUUGCCAUGCGGGGAGAAAUACACGUCAGCCUUUAACUGUAUGGACACAGCCUGUGUACUCAUCUUCACCUUCGAGUACCUCAUGCGUCUAUUUGCUGCCCCGAGUCGCUGCAAGUUCAUGCGCAGCGUCAUGAGCAUUAUUGAUGUGGUGGCCAUAAUGCCUUUUUACAUCAGCCUGGUUAUGCCAAAGAACGAAAACGUGAGCGGUGCCUUCGUCACGCUGCGGGUUUUCCGUGUCUUCCGCAUCUUCAAGUUUUCCCGGCACUCGCAGGGCCUGCGGAUCCUCGGAUAUACACUGAAAAGCUGCGCCUCGGAGCUCGGCUUCCUGCUCUUCUCCCUCACCAUGGCCAUCAUCAUCUUUGCCACCGUCAUGUUCUAUGCAGAGAAGGGGACACACAAGACUAAGUUCACCAGCAUCCCGGCUGCCUUCUGGUACACCAUAGUGACCAUGACCACCCUGGGGUACGGGGAUAUGGUUCCCGACACUAUCGCUGGGAAGAUAUUUGGCUCGAUUUGCUCGCUGAGCGGCGUGCUGGUCAUCGCUCUCCCUGUGCCCGUCAUUGUGUCAAACUUUAGUCGCAUUUACCACCAAAACCAGAGAGCGGACAAACGCCGUGCGCAGCAGAAAAUACGCUUGGCCAGGAUAAGACUCGCCAAAAGUACCACGACCAACGCGUUCCUCCGCUACAAGGAGAGCGGAGGCUUGGAGGAGGGGAGCGAGAUGCAUGCGCUGUGUGUGAAGAACCGCUCUGCGUUCGAGCUGCAGCACCACCACCUCCUGCACUGUCUGGAGAAGACGACGUGCCACGAGUUCACGGAUGAGCAUACUUACAGCGAAGCUCUCAUGACCGAAUCGAUUGGGUACCGUACCAGCCGCAGCACCUCCGUGUCCUCCCAGCAGGGGCUAAGUACCUCUUGCUGCCCCCGACGCGCCAAACGCCGCGCCAUCCGCCUGGCUAACUCCACUGUGUCCGUCAGCCGUGGCAGCAUGCAGGAGCUCGACACCCUGCAUGCGCACAAAGGUCUCACCCAAAGUCGAUCCAGCCUCAACGCCAAAAGCCCUGAGAACAUGAAGCUGAACUGUGAGAGCGCAGACCUGACGGCUGCCAUAAUCAGCAUCCCGACGCCCCCUGCCAACAGUCCCGGUGAAAGCCAGCCCCCCUCCCCCGGCGUCCUGCGGAACUCCAACAUCACCGCCCGCUAUUACCACGACACCGUGAGGAUCUCCAGCCUGUGACACAAGCGCACACGCAACGAGUCUAACCUACAACACUGUGUCCAACAGACAAUCAGCUUCCCCGUCCAAACAAGACGCGAUGUGCCGUCACUGCGUCACAUACCGAAAAGGGCAAACACCGUAUGCACAAAACGCUCUCACUCUGCGCACACAUGUGCGGCACACGGGGUACACGCACAACACACAUUUCACGCAUGUUCUGUGCACAGCGCCCAUGCAGCAUUGACAUGAAACACCUCUGCCAUCCAACGUGCACACGGCAAGCACACACAACAUUAACACAGAAUGCAAACAACAUGCAUGUACACCCUGAAAAAUAUUUAUACAAAUGCACAAAAAGGAGAAAUCUAUGCACAUGUAAUAUAUGUAACACGGAAGGUAUACGAGAGAGAGGUACACGGACUGAAGCAUAACCAGCGCUGUAUGUUCUAUUAACUAUAUGUGCAGCACUGAAUAUAUUCAUGGCUAUAUGCAAA